GGCGCAGACUGAGUUUGUUAACUGUAGCGGGACGAUCGAGGUUUCUGUGUGUGUCUGUGUUCGAUAAUACAAAGAUUUAUUCAUAUAAUGUAGUCAAAUUGGUGAAGGUGUGCGGUUUUGUGGUUUUGGUUCAUUUAAGAUUUUUUUAUUAAUAUAAUUUGUUAUGUCAAUGGGAUUUUUCAUGACACGAAAAAGCAAGAAUUUUCUGAUGCGCUCUAAAAAACAUCUUUAGAAGAAUAUAACAUUUAAAAUAAUCCGUUAACAUGGAAGUGUUAAGUUCUGAAGACAUUAACUCGUUAAUUUUAGCGAAGGUCACCACAAUGCUGGUUCUAGGAUUGAGUUCUUUUAUAAUAGGAAUAUCGCCGAUAAAAAUAGCGAAACUUUUUAAAAUGAAAUCGGAAGGAAGUGGAAAUAAUUUAACUGUUUCGUUGUUGUUGUGUUUUGGAGGAGGUGUUUUAUUAUUUACGACAUUUAUUCAUCUUCAACCGGAAGUUCGCGAAGGAUUCGAGGCUUUAGAAAAAGUUAAAGCAAUCCCGAUAAUCGCCGAAGGAAUCCCUCUUUCCGAAAUCGUAUUCUGUAUCGGAUUUUUCUUCGUUUAUAUGAUUGAAGAAUUAGCUCAUGCUUUCUUAGAUAAAAAGUACGACCACGAAGUUCUACAUCGAUCUUUAUCGAUACGAUCCCAAAAGAAAGAGAAUGGUUUAACCAUACCUAGAGUAUCUUUAAAUAAAGAUGACACAAGUAUUAGUUGUAUAAGUAACUCAAACAAAGAACUUUUUAACUCACAAAAUACGCUCAACUUUACGCAACAUUCACAUGAUCAUAAUCACAUCAAUUUCGAUGAAAAUAACUCGUUUAGCGGUUUAAUGGCCGUAUUAGCAUUAAGUUUUCAUGCCGUUUUCGAAGGUUUAGCGGUUGGAUUAGAAAAUAGUGUACAAAAAGUUUGGUAUUUAUUUGCCGCUAUUGCCACACAUAAAUUGGUAAUCGCUUUUUGUGUUGGAUUGGAACUUGUUACAAGUAAUACAAAGACGAUUAAGACAAUUUUAUAUAUUGGUACUUUUGCUGUUGUUACACCAUUAGGUAUUGGUGCUGGAAUAGUAUUAAAAAAUAGUGGGACUUCAGAUAUUGAUAUAACAUCGGUUAUUCUCCAAGGGAUGGCAGCUGGAACUCUUCUUUACGUCGUUUUCUUUGAAGUUUUAGCGAGAGAACGGAAUAAUAAUCAUAAUGGAAUUUGGCAAUUAACAGCGAUUGUGUUUGGAUUUUUUAUUAUGUUCACGCUUCAAUUUGCAACCAGUCACGGUCAUGGUCACGAACAUGUUACGGAAACUACCACGGUUACUGCAGCUACCACAUCUGAAUUUCACGAACAUUCCCAUUAUUAUUAGAUAACAAAAGAAUCAAUAGGCAUAUAAAUAAGAUUAAAUUGUACAGGAAUUAUUUAUUGUGCUGUAUUAAAGAGUGAUAUGUAUUUUUUCUACAAUAUAUAAUCAUAGAAAAAUUA